GUGCUCAUCGAGGAGACGGCCCCUUUAGGAGGAGCCAGAGAAUCACUGAGAUCCCACCUGAUCCAGAGGCUUCAUCCAGAGGAACGGACUUUGACCGGGCCACGGAGCUCAUGCCAAAGACCAUGGGAACACUCAGAAGGCUUCCAGGAACCAUCCCCAGAAGAGGGGUCUUUGAGACCAGGAAACAGGUGCUCUGCUUUGGAUAGGAGGGGAUCAGCAGGUGUGCACUGGGGCUAUGAAGAGACCAUGACAGUCCUGGCCAUUCUCAGUAUCUUUUAUGAAAAACUCCAGACUCAUCAGCAGAACAUCCAGAUCUAUAGGGCCAUGGCAGAACAACUGCAGGAGCAGGGCUUUCUGCAGACCCCAGAGCAGUGUCUCACCAAGUUCAAAAACCUACAGUCAUGUUACUUCAAAGUGAGGAGAGGCCACAUGCCUGAGCCUUGUAUCUUUCAUGAGGAAAUGGAUGUCCUUUCAAGCUCCUGGGCCUCUGUGCAACUGUUACAAGGCCAAGAGGGAAGAGAUAUGGAUGCUGGAGAGUUGAGUCAGCAGAACAAGGAGCCCACAGAGGUUGGAGAAGUUACCACUGUGGAUGGUGCUGCUGGGGAGGAAAAGCACUUCAGGGAUCCUGGCCAGGAAGUUAGCAGACUUGACCUGUCACUCCUGUUACCCAACAGACUUGAUUUUGAGAUCAAGUAUGGGAUUAAAAAUGAGAAUGUGAAAUGGGAUGACUCAGAGGAAGCAGAAAUGAACAAGGCCCAGUGGAGAAAGUCUAGUGAAACUUUUUGGUACUCUGAGCUAACAAGAGGCUGGAAGGAUGAGCCAAAGUCAGGCAGGCAACAUAGAUGUUCUCCAGGUGAGAGUGAGGAGAAACCCCCAUCCCAGGAGAGGAUGAGUCACCAGAGACUUCAUACUGGGAGGAAGGCCUGUGGAUAUCUCCUGUGUGGGAGGAAGUGCUCUCAGAGUUCUCCCUCACCAUCAGCCGGCUCCAGAACUGGAAGAAGCUUCUUGUAUUGUUACAAAUGUGGGAAAAGCUUUAGCCAAGGUUCUUAUCUUGUUUGUCAUCAGAGAAUCCACACAGGAGAGAAGCCUCACAAGUGCAGUGAAUGUGGGAAGGGCUUUAGUGAGCACUCCACCCUCACAACUCACCUAAGAACUCACACCGGGGAGAGACCCUACCAGUGUGGAGAAUGUGGGAAAAGCUUCAGCCAGAGCUCCAGCCUCAUUGUCCACCAGAGGACCCACACUGGGGAGAAGCCCGAUCAGUGCCCUGUCUCUGGAAAGAGAUUCAACAACAGUUCCCGGUUUAGCAGCCACCACCCAGUCCAUCCUGGGGAGAGCCCAUACGAUUGUGAGCAGUGUGGGAAAAGCUUCAACAACAGCUCCCACUUCAGGGCCCGCCAGAAAACGCACACUGGGGAAAAGACUUACAGGUGCUGUCAGUGUGCAAAAAGCUUCACGAAGAACUCUGCCCUCAUACGCCAUCAGGGGGUACAUAAAUGAGAUACCCACAUCACAGGAAGGAGGAGAGAUGCCAUGAGUGUGUAGGAAACCUGACAGAUCAAUUCCUUAGGUCAACAUAUGUUAUUUAGAGCUUCCUUCUGCUUAUGGAGAGUUCUACCAGCCAAUCCCUGGCUUAGCAGUAGAGUUACUGACAACCAGUUAAGCACUUCAGAACCAUGUCCAGGAAUAGGAAUCAUCAUAAGAAUGGUAAACUCUUUCUAGCUCUG